GCAGCCCCCGCGCGACGCCCUGUGGACCCUCAGGGGUCUGAAGACGCAGCUCCUGUCACCUCGCCGGCGUGGGGCGGGGCCCGGAGCCGAGCUGGGUCCCAGUUCGGUGAACGUAGUGAAGGUGCAGCAGGGAGCCGGGAAUGAUGGCCAGGUGAAUGGCUCAGUGGGGGGAUGAGCUUGCUGUCCAGCCUGAGGGCUUGAGUUUGAGCUGGUAUCCACAAAAUGGAAGAAAACAAACUCCUACAAGUUGUCCUCCGACUUCCACAUGUGUGCCAUGGCAUCCCUGUAGCCACCCCCACACAUCACAUACGUAUACACGAGUGAAUAAAGCCCUGGCCUCGGUGGACUCUGCUUCUUUUGAGAAAUAAACUCCAUGGAAGACUGAGCAGUUUUUGAGUUUCUAAACCAUGGCCCGUGUGUCGGUGAUGUUCAGUGAUGUAUCCAUAGCCUUCUCGCAGGAGGAGUGGGAAUCCCUGGACUUGGAACAGAGGAAUUUGUACAAGGAUGUGAUGAUGGAGAAUUACCACAAUGUGAUCUCACUAGCAGGAUGCUUCAUUUCUAAGCCAGAUGUGAUUUCCUUACUGGAGCAAGGGAAAGAGCCCUGGAAGGUUGUGAGGAAAAGAAAACGACAUCCAGAUUCAGAAACAAAGGAUGAGACCAGCCAGUUGUUCUCAGAAAAUGGCAUUUAUGAAGUGAAUUUACCCCAGUGGAAGAUAAUGGAAAGAAUUGGGAGCAGUGGCCUAAAGAGCCUCCUUUUAAAAAAUGAAUGGGAAUCAAGAAAACAGGAAAGACAAGAGGGCUCUCAGGAGGGAUAUCUCAAUCAAGUGAAGCGCACAUCUGAAAGAGUGUCCUCUUAUGAAAAGUGCGCACUGACUUCAUGUCAGAGGAUCCAUUUUGUGGAGAAACCCUAUGAGUGCAAUGAAUGUGGGAAGGCCUUUAAAGUCCGCCAGCAGCUCACUUUUCACCAGAGAAUUCACACAGGCGAGAAGCCCUAUGCAUGUAAGGAGUGUGGGAUGGCCUUCAGGCAGACUGCACACCUUACCAGGCAUCAGAGGCUGCAUUCUGGUGAAAAACUGUAUGAAUGUAAGGAGUGUGGGCAAGCUUUCAUAUAUGGCCCAGACCUCAGAGCACAUCAGAAGCUUCACACCAGAGAGAAGCCCUACGCAUGUAAUGAGUGUGGGAAAGCCUUCAGGGUACGGGGACAACUUACUCUCCAUCAGAGGAUCCAUACUGGGGAGAAGCCCUAUGUGUGUCAAGAGUGUGGGAAGGCCUUCAGGCAGUAUGCACACCUCACUCGCCAUCAGAAGCUUAAUGUCGCUGACAGACUCUAUGAGUGUAAGGAGUGUGGGAAAGACUUUUUGUGUGGCUCCGGCCUUAGAGUACAUCACAAACUUCACACUGGUGAGAAGCCCUAUGAGUGCAAGGAGUGUGGGAAGGCGUUUAGAGUUCGACAGCAGCUGACGCUCCAUCAGAGAAUUCAUACUGGGGAGAAGCCCUAUGAGUGUAGUGAGUGUGGGAAGACCUUUAGUCGGGGUUACCAUCUUAUUCUCCAUCACAGAAUCCAUACUGGAGAAAAGCCUUACGAAUGCAAGGAGUGCUGGAAGGCGUUCAGUCGCUACUCACAGCUUAUUUCACAUCAGAGUAUCCAUAUUGGGGUUAAACCCUAUGCCUGCAAAGAAUGUGGGAAAGCCUUCAGACUCCUCUCUCAGCUCACACAACAUCAGAGUAUUCAUGCUGGGGAGAAGCCCUACACUUGUAAGGAAUGUGGGAAGUCUUUCAGAUUGCGUCAGAAACUCACGCUACACCAGAGCAUUCAUACUGGUGAAAAGCCCUUCGAGUGCAAAGAAUGUAGGAAGGCCUUUCGGCUUAAUUCUUCUCUUAUCCAACAUCUGAGAAUCCAUUCUGGUGAGAAACCCUAUGAGUGUAAGGAGUGUAAGAAGGCCUUUAGACAACACUCUCACCUCACCCAUCACUUGAGGAUCCACACCGGCGAGAAGCCUUACAAAUGCAAGGAGUGUGGGCAACCCUUCAGACAGCGGGCACACCUUAUCCGACAUCACAAACUUCACACUGGUGAGAAGCCCUAUGAGUGUAAGGACUGUGGGAAGGCCUUUACAGUCCUCCAAGAACUCACACAGCACCAGCGUCUUCACACUGGUGAGAAGCCAUAUGAAUGCAAGGAGUGUGGGAAGGCCUUCCGGGUACAUCAGCAGCUGGCUCGGCAUCAGAGGAUUCACACAGGGGAGAAACCCUAUGAGUGCAAGGACUGUGGGAAGACCUUCAGACAGUGCACACACCUUACCCGACACCAGAGACUUCACACUUCUGAGAAACUGUAUGAAUGUAAGGAGUGUGGGAAAGCCUUCGUGUGUGGCCCAGACCUGCGAGUACACCAGAAAAUCCACUUUGGUGAGAAGCCCUAUGCAUGUAAGGACUGUGGCAAGUCCUUCAGAAUAUGCCAACAGCUGACCGUCCAUCAGAGUAUUCACACUGGGGAGAAGCCUUAUGAGUGUAAGGAAUGUGGGAAGACCUUCAGACUGAGGCAGCAGCUUGUCCGCCAUCAGAGAAUCCAUACCCAUGAGAGACCCUAUGAGUGUCUGGCAUGCUGGAAAACCUUCAGUAGUUACUCCCAGCUGAUUGCACAUCAGAGCAUUCAUGUCGGCGAGAGACCAUAUGAGUGUGAAGAGUGUGGGAAGGCCUUCCGGCUUCUCUCGCAGCUCACUCAGCACCAGAGCAUCCACACAGGCGAGAAGCCUUAUGAAUGCCAGGAGUGUAGAAAACCCUUCCGGCUGCUCUCACAGCUCACUCAGCACCGGAGCAUCCACACGGGUGAGAAACCUUAUGAAUGCAAGGAGUGUGGCAAGGCUUUUAGACUUUAUUCGUUUCUUUCUCAGCACCAGAGGAUCCACACUGGUGAGAAGCCCUAUAAAUGUAAGGAGUGUAAGAAGGCCUUCAGACAGCACUCACACCUCACCCAGCACCAGAAGAUCCAUAGUGGAACCUGACAAGCCUUCAGCUCUAGACCAAGUUGUAAUGUCAGGAAGUCCAUUUUUAAGAAUAAUUUAUUUUGUGCUUUAAAGUAAGCAUAAAUAAGACUGUGUUGCUUUAAAAGUCCACCAUCCUCACUUAAAUGUUGCAUUUCUUCUGCAAAUUCCCAUGAAAGAAUAUUUGAUGAAUUUAGGGAAAUGUUUAGCCUCACCUGUUGUCAUCUACAUCUUACCACUCUCUUCCAGUGUGACACUGGAUAGGACCCUAAGCAUUAAUGCCUUGUUUUGCUCACUGUCAAAAUGGUGACAAUAGCACUUACACAUACUAUUUAUUGAUAUGUAACAAAUUAAUAGAAAACAGUAGAGUAAAUAAUAUACUUUAUCAUCUAAAAUUGUCUAUAGGUCCAGGUGUACCUGAGUUGGGUCUUUGAGGUCUCAGCUAAGGUUGCCUCUUGUCUGAAAGCUUAACUAGAGAAGGCUCCACACCAGAGGGAACAGGUUAGACAUCUGAAUUCAUUUCCUUACGAGCUGAUCCAUUGGGAUUUUCAGUUUCUGGAUGGCCAUUGGUUGAAAGAUGAGUGAAGUUCCCGGCCAUAUUGACUGUCCCAGUGUGGUCGCUGCUCUAAUGAGAUUGCACAAGCCAACAAAGGUGGCUGGUAGCAGGAAGGAAGCCAGCUAGCCAGACUGACAUGAUAAUCUGUGCAGUCGAAUCACAGAAGGAACAUCCAGUCAUUUUACCACACUCUGCUGGCUGAAUAUAGUUAUCAGACCAGCUUACAACUCCAGAAGUCUCAUGAAUUUGAAUAUCCCGAGGAGGCCAGUGAGUGAGGACCAGGUUAGAGCCCACCUGCUGUACUGCACAACAGCACUAACUUAAGGAUGAAGUCGUUAACACUUGACCCACUAGCAGUCCUGGUAGCAUGUAUCCUAAAAUAAUGUCUGUAAUUUUUACUGCCAGUAUUGUCAAUUCAUGUGAAAGAAAGAUGAUCCCAUGGGAGUAAAUGUAGCAAUGCCUCUUUUCACAUCUCUGCAUUUAUAAGCCUCAACAUAAUUUCCCUUAGGUAAGACCUAGGGAACUAUAGCAAAUGGAAGAUUUUUGUCACUUGAGCAAAAUCUUCAUGUUGAAAAGAGACUGAGUUUCAUGAAUGUGGGUUGUUAAAACUUAACUAUUAAGGAAUCGGAGGAAAUGACUUUUUCAGUUUUCAAAAAAUCAGCUCAUUUAGAAUCCCUUCUUUGACCAAAUUUAUGUUUGUUUGUUUGUUUGUUUUUCGAGACAGGGUUUCUCUGUGUAGCCCUGGCUGUCCUAGAACUCACUCUGUAGACCAGGCUGGCCUCGAACUCAGAAAUCCGCCUGCCUCUGCCUCCCAAGUGCUGGGAUUAAAGGCAUGUGCCACCACCGCCCGUCCCAAAUUCAUUUUUAAUCACACAGUCUCAAGGACAACUAACAGCCUGGGGACCUCAUUUUUAUGCACACACAUAUGUAAGUAUUGGGGCCCCGAAAGUGGCCCUGUGGUUAAAGUGCUUGCUGUGUAAGCAUGAGGACCCAACUUUGGAUCCCCAGAACCCAAGUUAAAUGCCAGGUAGAUGUGGUAGCUCACUUGUAAUUCCAGCCUCUGGAGACAAGAUAUACAAAGCAAGUUGGCUAGCAAAACCAUACCUAGGCGUGUGCGAGCUCUGGGUUGGAUUGAGAGCCCACAGUAGAAGAGUGAUUGGAGAUGGUUCCUGAAAUAACCUAGGAUCUCCACAUGCACCUGUGCACAUGUCCACUACACACAUACAAACAUAAAUACACACAAAUAAACACCAUGCACACAUAAAUAUAAAAAGUUUUACAAUCAAAUAUGCUCAGACUUAUGUAUUUUCUUUUUUUUUUUUAAAGAUUUAUUUAUUUUAUGUAUGUAAGUACAUAGUUGCUCUCUUCAGACACACACUAGAAGAGGGCAUCAGAUCCAUGACACAUGGUUGUGAGCCACCAUGUGGUUGCUGGGAAUUGAACUCAGGACCUCUGGAAGAGCAGUCAGCACUCUUAACCAGAGCCAUCUCUCCAGCCCAGAUUGCUGUAUUUUCAAUCCAUGUUUCAAGAUGGAUCUUUUGACAGGAUCCUGCUAGUACUUUAGUAAUUUUCAAGGUUAUGGCUGACCAUUCUACUCAGAGAUAGAUGAUGGUAGGACACCAACUGAUUUAUUUAUAAAUGUAUUUAUUUACUUAUUUAUAUUUUGAGAUAGCAUCUUACCAUGUGGCCUUGGCUGACCUCGAACUAUGUGUAGAACAGACUGGCCUAGAACUCACAGAGAUCUGUCUGCCUCUGCCCUGCUUCAAAGGGCUGAGAUGAAAGCAUAUGCCACCAUACCUGACUUACACCAUCCUAAAUGAGCAGAUGAAAGCAAAAUGAACAUUCAUUUUUUCUCUUUCCUGUGAUCACUUUGCAAUAUUGACAAAUGUUCAUCAAACUCAAAUAUUUUUUUCCUUAAGCAAUUUAAUCAGUAAAUGCAGAAGAAAAUAAUGGAAUUGAGAGAUUCGCUGUUUUCUAAAUUCUAGUGCCAUAAUGGCCCUGGAAGGUGAUCUUUGUUGAAUCCUAGACCAGGCCACAGAGGAGGGCUAUGUCUAAAGCAAAAGGGGGAAAAUCCAGCCAAAGAAAGGCAAUUGACAAAAUGAGGCACAGUGGUUUUCACCUUUAAUCCCAGCACUUGGGAGGCAGAGGCAGGCAGAUUUCUGAGUUUGAGGCCAGCCUGGUCUACAGAGUGAGUUUCAGGACAGCCAGGGCUACACAAAGGAACCCUUUUUUCUUUAUUUUUAUAUACAUAUAUGUAUAUCUGACAGAAUUUAGAGUGGUAAAGCAUUGAGAGUGACUGAAUGAAUGGGUUAUUUGAUCAUGGAGAGUGAUUGUUCCAUUUCUUUUAUAUGUGUUUGAAAUAUCAAUAUUUUUAAAAACAAAACAAAUUGGAAACUAGUUGGAAAGUAAGCUGCCUGCAUAUCUAUACUGGUUAAAUGCCACCAAAGCAACAUGAAUGCAAGUGAUUGCCUUUGAUUUAUCAGAAAGUUCUCUUUAUGGACUUGGCACAUAAAAUAGGUGUUGACCAUCAAGAACCAUGAAAUAAAUAAAUCCAGUGCUAUUAGAAGG